AUGGAUGCCUUAGACCCUUGUGCGGAGCACCGCUGCACCUUGGCAGCGCUGCGAGCCCUCGGGGCACCUCCUGUCGCCAGAGUUCCGCCUGACCCAGAGGCAGUGUGCGAAGACGGCCAGGCAGAUGCUGAUGCAGAGUACUGGGAGAGGUACUACGUGCGCAGCUUGGUGCGCCGUGGCAGCCUCGCGAGAGAGGACUGCUAUUGUGAGCCUGGGGAGCUGCGGAGCGGAUUGGCGGAUCAGCAGCUGUUGCCCGGAACCUCGGCUCGUGCCCUGGUUGUCGGUUGUGGCACGUCUGGAUUGAGUGUGGAGCUCGCCUCAGACUCCGGCGGUGCAACAUCAAGCCUUGAGGUGACUGCUGUGGACUGCUCACCGACCGUCGUCGGCUGGAUGAGUGAUCGUCAUCCUGGGGUGGAGUGGCUCGUGGCGGACGCCGCAUCCUUGGAACCCGCAUGGCAGCGGCGAUUUGCCUUGGUGGUGGACAAGGGGCUGGUGGGUGCAGCCUCCACCGGUGAUGCAGCGGCGUCUGCCGAGAAACCCCUCAGGUGCAAUUUGGGCAUCGCCAGCGUGGCGCCCAGGGGCGCCGCGCUCCUCGCGGAGUACAGACGCGUGCUCAGGCCCGGCGGCUGGGCGGUGGUGGUCGUGCCGGAGAGGCUCCCGUGGCUGGAGUGGCAGGCGAGCGUCUCCGAGCUCUGGUCCGAGCACCGCUCCGCCUGUGUCUCUGACGGCGUCGCAUACGCGCUUCGCGCUGGGCCACCAGGCGGCUCCGCCGCUGGAGGGCUUCCAGCCGCGACGGCGUCGGCCCCGACGGGCUCCCUCGGGGAGCUCGACUGCUCGCUGGGCGGCUCGCGCCACGACCGCGCCUGCCAGGGCAUCGCCGCGGCGGGGGACCUCCUCGGCGAGGCAGCGCCCCAGAGGGCCCCAGACGGCCUGGUUUGGUUCAUGCCGUUCUCGGGCGCGAACGUCCCCCGCCGCAUCGCCGCUCCUCCCGACGUGCCUCGGGCCAGCGCCACCGCGCUGCCCGCCAUGCCUGCCGACCCCAAGGGCAAGUACAAGGACGAGGCGCUGACCCACGAUGACCUCAGGCGGCGCGACCAGGGUUGGCAACCGCCCAGCGGCGAGGAGAAGCAGCUCUUACGAGAGCAGGUGGAGAGGCUGAGGCCGUUCAUAGGCUCUUACAUACGCGAAGCGGACGGACCCCGCGGAGCGUGCGGCGAAGCUCGGGUCGUUCGAGCAGGGUUGGUCCCUUGA